UAUGCAUCAUAUUGUAGUACCAGUCUAUCUGUCAAAAUUGUGAGUAAAAGUGAACUUGAAAAUGUUUACUAAAUUUAAGUCUUUUGUAAACAUAUAAGAAGUAAAUAUAUUUUUAAUGAAUAGCAUUUGAUACUUUUAAGUAUAUUUAAGAGAAUGGCCACCAGAGAAACAGAUGUCAUUAUUAUUGGUGCGGGUAUUUCGGGUUUAACUGCGGCAAAAUUUCUACUUUCUAAGGAUCCAAAUUUGCAUGUUUUAGUUUUGGAAGCUAAAGAUAGGGUAGGUGGAAGAACAUUAAGUGUAGAGAUGAAGAGUAACAGUGGUACAGAGACAUGGGAUCUAGGAGGUCAGUGGGUGGGAAUGUGUCAGCCUCACAUAAUGGCCCUGUUAAAAGAGCUUGGUAUAGAAACAUAUAAACAGUAUAUCACUGGUACAAAGUUUAUGCAGGUUGGCAGUAAGAAUAAAAUCUCAACAUAUCAAAGUGAUAUACCUUCAUUACCAUUGCUAGGUUUGCUGGACAUGAAUAAACUUAUAAAACUGACAGACAAGCUGGCAGACAAGGUGGAUCCUGAGGACCCAUUCUCUUGUCCCAAUGCUGAACUCUAUGAUGCUCUAACAUUAGAACAAUUUGUUGACAGUCAUAUCUGGACACAUGAUGUAAAGGACCUGUUGAGAGCAGCCCUGAGAACCAUGUUUGGUACAGAACUCUCACAAAUAUCUCUCCUCUAUUACCUGACAUAUGUAGCCUCAGCUGGUAACUUGAAAAAUCUCCUAGAGGCCACACAAAAUACAGGACAGGAAUAUCGUAUUAAGGGUGGUUCCCAGCAGGUGUCAUUAAAGCUAUUGGAGUCUAUAGGAAGCUCAAGAGUGUUACUGAAUGAGCCGGUAACCAGGGUUGAACAAAACCAAGAUGGAGUCAUAGUCUGGUCAAAAAAUGGAUGCAAUUAUAAGUGUCAGAAACUUAUAGUAUCCAUUCCUCCAUUUCAGAUAGGUAAAAUUCAGUUUAGUCCAGUUCUACCAGUUGAAACUAGAGAAAUUAUCAAGAGGAUGCCACCAUCUAGUAUCAUCAAAUUUGUUGUUACAUACCCUGAGGCGUUUUGGCGUACAGCUGGGUGUUCAGGAGAAGUUGUAAGUAAUGGUGGAGAGAGUAGUGUGAUGAGUUGUGAUAUAGGACCAGUAGGAGUGGUUUAUGAUGCUACAUCAUGCACCGGGGAACCAGCAUUACUGGGCUUUAUAGGUGGGAUCCAGGCUGUACAAUGGCAAAGUCAAAAUGCAGAAAGCAGGCAAUCAUCGGUAUUAAAAUCUCUUGGUGAGUUUUUUGGAGAGAAGGUUUAUACAUACCUAGACUAUAAGGAAAAGGUCUGGGACCAGGAACCAUACAAUGAAGGGGGACCAGUGAGCUGUGUGGGUACCGGUGCUAUGAGAUACUAUGCCAAGGGUUUACGCCAACCGUUUGAUAAUAUACAUUUUGCUGGCACAGAGUCAGCUACUGUAUGGUGUGGGUUUAUGAAUGGUGCUGUUCAAGCUGGGAACCGUGCUGCUAUAGAAGUAUUGUAUGAUCUCCGGCCUCAACUUGUUAGUGCACAAGAUCUUAAAGGAAUAAAAAGACCAAGGAAACAGUUGGCCAAAGUUGAGACUACAGGGAGGAAAGUUAUAAGGUGGACAUUUAGACUUGGUGCAUUGACAGUUUUAAUGUUCACAGUGAGGAAAGUUUAUCAACAGAUCUCAAAUUAACUAUUCGUGUUAAUAUUGUACUGAAAAAAAGAACAUAGUCAAGUGCUUUUGCAGGGACAGCUUAGUGCUAGUUUACAUGAUUUACCAUUUGUUGUCUGUAAAGUAAAAAUAACAACAUGAAUAUGACAUCACAUGCUCUGAUUAACCAAUGGCAAUGAUGUGCUGCUACUGGUUCUUGAGUGAAUUUUUUGCAGUCAACUUAACUUUUUGCAGUCCUAACUUUAAAAAAAAAGUCCUGAUAACUUAUAGACAAAUAAGUGACAGCUAAUAAUUGUGUGUAUUUGAGUUUUUGUGUAUUUGAGUUUAUUUAUACUCGCCCCCGGUUGCCGACAUGGGCAGGUCCUCCAGAAGAGUAUUAGUCAAUUAGCUUAUAAUUUUAACAUGUUAAUGAUAACAGUUUUACAGGUGUGACACAAUGUUUUUUUUUACUUGUUUAAGGAAUACAGGUACACAAAAGCAAAGAAGAAAAUAGAGUUUGUUCACAACUUCUUAUGUUUGUAUAUAUGAAUCAUUACUAAAUUUGCUGUGUAUAACACAACAUUCAUGCAUUUUUUCUCAAAGAAAUGGGUCUUUCCCUUUCAAAGAUAUUAAAUCUUUGAUCAUGGUAUUUAAUAUACAUGUACAUAUAUGUUUUUUUUCUGAAGUUUAUUUCCAGUUGUCCUCUUGACCUUUGUGUGGCUACAACUGCUAAAAUGUAACUUUGCAUUUUCAUUAUAUGGAUAACUGAAUAGAUCUUUGCCAAAAUAGUAAGGGACAUUGGAUUGACCUUAAUUAAGAUUGUUCAGAUAAAUGGAGAUGAUAGUUUCCUCAAAUUAGUAUAUAUUGAUGAGUGAAUUAAUUCUGUAAUAGAGAUGUCUUGCUAUACUUUAAUUAUGUAUUGACAAAUCAUACAUCUAUGAGAGGUGUCUCACCUCUUUAUUUAACUGUGAUAUUUUUAUGUUUUCCAUAUAAUUAUUUCAUGGUUGUAUUUUACUGGUAAAUAAUGCUAUGAUUUAUAAAUGUAUACAUUCUGAAGCACAUUUAUUUCAUUGUUUUAUUUCAGGUUAAUCUUCCUGGGUUUUUUAAAGUCAAUAAAAUAUGAAAUAUCAGA